GUUGACACUCUGUGCUCCCCUCCUGCAAGGUUUAGGAGCCGUUGCUGUGGACGGAGAUGGGAAUGUGAGCGGCCAUUGAAGGUGACCAGGGUGCCAGUGAGCCCCCCAUCUGCUCGGUGUGCGGGCUGAGCUUCGAGGGGCUGAGCUUCGAUGGAGGAUCACAUGACAGGGCACAACAAGGAGAAGCGUUAUAAAUGCGACGUGUGUGGAAAGGCCUGGCAGCAUCCGAGCCAGCUGGAGAUCCACCGGCGGGUGCACACAGGAGAACGCCCUUUCGACUGCUCCGACUGUGGCAAGAGCUUCAAGACGAUGAAUGACCUGAAUAUGCACCGGCGGGUGCACACGGGCGAGAAGCCCUAUGGCUGCUCCACCUGCGGCAAGAGCUUUGCCCAGUCGUCGGGGCUGCUGCAUCACCGGCGGGUGCACAGCAGUGAACGGCCCUUCACCUGCUCCGACUGUGGCAAAGGCUUCAAGUCGUUGCCGGAACUGAAGAUACACAGGCGCAUGCACACCGGGGAGCGGCCCUACACCUGCAGCGACUGCGGAAAGGGCUUCACCCAGUCCACCAGACUGCUGAUGCACCAGCACACCCACACCGGCGAGCGCCCCUACACCUGCAACGACUGCGGCAAGGGCUUCACCCACUCCACCAGGCUACUGGUGCACCAGCGCACCCACACCGGGGAGCGUCCCUACACCUGCAGCCAGUGCGGCAAAGGCUUCACCCGUUCCAACUACCUACUGAAGCACCAGCGCACCCACACCGGCGAGCGCCCUUACACCUGCGCGCAGUGCGGCAAGGGCUUCACCUGCUCUAGCAGCCUGCUGGUGCACCUGCGCACCCACACCGGCGAGCGUCCCUUCACCUGCGCCCAGUGCGGCAAGGGCUUCACCCGCUCAGAUAGCCUGCUGGAGCACCAGCGCACCCACACUGGCGAGCGUCCCUACACCUGCGCCCAGUGCGGCAAGGGCUUCACCAGCUCCACCAGGCUGCUGUCCCACCAGCGCACCCACACCGGCGAGCGCCCCUACACCUGCUCCCAGUGCGGCAAGGGCUGCACCAGCUCCACCAGGCUGUUAGAGCACCAGCGCACCCACACCGGCGAGCGCCCCUUCACCUGCGCCCAGUGCGGCAAGGGCUUCACCAGCUCCACCAGACUGCUGUCCCACCAGCAGGUGCACGCCGGCGACUGUCCCUUCCCCAGCCCAAUGUGUGGAGAGCACUUUGCCAUAGCCUCCCACUCCCUGUCUCACCAGCGCGUGCACACCAGUGGCCAGCCCUAGGACUGCCUGUACAACGGUGAGGCAUUUGACAGCUCCCGGGGGUUGCGGCAGCACCGGCGAGCAGCUGCUCCCACUGCAGCAAGCGUUUGAAGAGAGCACGGGGGCUGCGGGAGCACUAGGGGAUACACAAUGGAUAGAGACCCUUUGUGUGCGCUGAGUGGGGCAAGGUUUCACCCGCGUGUCCAGCCUGUAGCAGCACUGGCGUACCCACAGCGGUGAGCGUCCCUUCCCCUGCCCGUCCUGUGGUAGACACAAAAUGCUGGAAGGAAUGGG